CCUGGUCAUUGCCAGCAGCACGUCCAGCAGACUAAGGCCGGGUCCGGGCCGGCCCUGCACCCUAGUCCGGGCGCUGCCGGUCCCUGCAGCUCAGGGAGGAGAGGCCGGGCUCCGUGUUUACGCUCGCGCGCUGCCCGGGCCCUCGCUACUGUUUCGGGACUGACCAGCGGAAGGCUGCAGGUGCUGUUUUGCGUGGCACGGGGAUUCCACCGAAGCCACGGUGGACGGCAGGACGGCUUCUCCCUGGCCCGACCCAGCGGCCCUGCGGAACCACUCUGCAGCCUUCCAGGCCAUCCGCUCCUUUUGGGUCCUGUCGCCCAAAAGCGCCUGCCGCAUCAGGGUCGCUCGGGAGCCAGCUCCCCGGACACUCCCGGGCCAUCCCCGGCCAUGCAGUGGGCCCCAGUCCUCUGGCCCCUGCUGCUGAACUUCCCGCUGGACGCCUGCGCCCGGUCCCACUCUCUGCAGUAUAAAUACUCGGCGGUCUCUGAGGCAGGCCCUGGAGUGCCCAGAUUUUCUGCCUCUGGCUUCCUGGAUGGCCGGCCCUUCAUCCGCUACAACAGCAAGCUGAUGCAGGCAGAACCCUGCGUGCCCUGGCUGAAGGAACAGCAGGCCUACUUUGAUGAUGAGACCGAGAUCUUCACCAAUAGAAUGAAAAUUUUCCAGAUAAGUCUGAGGAAUGUGCAGAAUUACUACAACAGCACCAUCAACACAGAGCACCCACAAAAGCCUGCAGGCCCCCACACCCUCCAGUUCACCUAUGGCUGCGAGCUGCAGGAAGACGGCCAGUCCAGCGGGCACUGGCAGUACGGCUAUGAUGGCAGUGACUACCUGACCUUGGACCUGGACGCUCUGCAAUACGUAGCGGCCUCCUUCAUUGCCCUGAAAACCAAGCGGAAGUGGGAGGAGGACAGGAACAGAAUAGAAAAAGACAAGGAAUACUUGCAGAAGGAAUGCAUCCUGUGGCUACGCAGAUACCUGGACCAAGGAAAAGAGGACCUGGCCCGCCGUGAGCAGCCCCACGUUUAUGUGACCCGCCACCCCGUCUCCAAGGAACAGGCCACCCUGCGGUGCUGGGCCCUGGGCUUCUACCCUAAGGACAUCUCCCUGACCUGGCAGUGGGAUGGGCAGGAGCUGACCCAGGAGAUGGAGCUGGUGGAGACCAGGCCUAAUGGGAAUGGAACCUUCCAGAAGUGGGCGGCUGUGGUGGUGCCUUCUGGAGAGGAGCAGAAUUACACGUGCCGUGUGCGGCAUGAGGGGCUGCCUGAGCCCCGCACCCUGAGAUGGGAGUGGCCUCCUCAACCCACCAUCCCAAGCAGGAGCGCUAUACCUGCCAACCUCGGAGUACAGAUUGUGGUUCAGGUCAUCUGUAUGGUCUUAGUUUCUGGAGAAUUCGUCACGUAGAGAAGAGCACAGGGACUGCAGGGAGCCUGGGCUUCCCUGUUCUGACCUGCAGUAUCUCCCCCGAGGGACCAGCUGCAACUCCAUCCUUCUUACUUCUGGGACCAGGGUGCAGUGAAGCCUGGGUGGGGCCUGGUCAGCAGGGGAGACCCAGUCAGCGUCAAGGGCCCCGCUGGCAUGGGUGGGCUGAGAUCUGCAACCAAAGUGAUGCCAGGGAGGUUCAGGCACUGGGGCUCCUGGAGGGGACCCAUGGUACAGGCUCCAAGUGCCCAUGGCUGCCCCUGGACUCUGAGGCCACCAAGCCUGUGCCACACCUCCAGUGCGCCACUGUGGCAGUGAUGGUGUCACUUCUGACCUGGAGGUCCAAAGCCCCUGAGGUCAGGGUCUCGCUCUGCUGAGCAUCCUGGAGCAGGGCACACGGGGCCCCAGAGUCCAUGGCACCUGGACCCCGGCUGCUUCCCAGGGCACAGUUCUCGGGCUUCUCCCUCAAGGCCUAAACUUCUUAUAAGACUUUAAAUAAGCCAGUCUCCGGAGGGAACUGGCAGGUCUGGAGGGGCAUGUUCGUGUGCCUUUGUGCGUGUGUGUGUGAGUGGAUCUGUGUGCACAUGCGGAUGCGUCUGUGCACACUUCUGUGUGUGUUUUGCUCUGGGACUUGCUAUGCUAGGCCAUCCUGCUCACUGCACCCCCGCUACAGGCUGAGGGGAUGAACUGCUCAUCUGCAGCUGGGGCGGAGGCUCAGGGUCAGCGCCGGGGAAACCAGCCUCAUGGAUGAGGCCUGCUUCAUGGGCGUCUGCAUCCAUGAAAAUGUGGUGAAUUGCAUAAUUAAACCUCACAAGAUCCCUCAGAGGCAGGGUGUCUUGCAGGUGAGGAAACUGAGGCCAGCAGAAGGUCAGGGAUCUCUGGGGGCGAGGUGGAUGCUGAGGAAGCUUCUGACUACAAAGUGGAGCGUGGCUGUGCCACAUGGGCCGCCCGGCCACACAGCACCUUCCAUCCCAUGGGCCAGCGCUGGGCUGUCCAGUGCUGAAGGGCUGGGCCACGCUGAGGCCGCGCACUUUCUUCCUUCAUCGCUGUCUUUUAUUCCACAGCACAACAGAGCUCAGCUUCCCAUGCUGAGCUGAGCUUCUGACAGGGAGGAGCGGUCCGGGUGCAGAGCUGCCCCUGCUCCGUGCCCUCCCAUGCCUGGGUCCCUGUGCUUGGAGCGCAUGAGAGGAAAUUGAGACUUUGGACCCUAGUGUGGAGCAGUUGCCCAGCCGCAGCAGGGGUCUCUGAGCUGUCCGUGGCCCCGGCCACGCAGAGCGGGGUGCACCACUGCUGCUGAGAGUCCUCGUCAUAGACACCAGUCAGGCGAGAGGGAGGGGAGGACUCCGGAGCUGGAUGAGCUCUGCAGCAUGCACUGGACACUUGAGAAGAGCCAAGGGCCAAUUAAUACCAUCGCUACCAUGUAAUCUAUUUAUUUUGCGUAUUCUCGGUGAGGAAAGAGACAGUGCUGUCCCAGUGUCUUCAGACUGAACCUGCCCGAUGGUUUCACUUAGAUUUCUACACUCAGCACACACCAGGAUUACUUCCCUGCGAGAUAAGAGACUUUGCUCAAGCUGAUAACCUUUUAUUACUAUGAUGGCUCUUCCAUUCUCAUUAAUAAAGUGCUUUGAAUUUUCAAAAAAAGAAAGAAAA